AUGGCGGUUCUCGCCGGCUCGCCCGCCGUCGAUCACAUCCCGCUCCUCAGGUCGCCCGACCCCGGGGACAACUUCUCCGGCAUGCCGGUCGUCGACCUCUCCAGCCCUGGCGCGCCGCGGGCCAUCGCCGACGCGUGCGAGCGCUUCGGCUUCUUCAAGCUCGUCAACCACGGGGUGCCCGCGGACACGAUGGACAGGCUCGAGUCGGAGGCCGUCAGGUUCUUCUCGCUGCCGCAGGCCGACAAGGACCGCUCCGGCCCGGCCUACCCGUUCGGCUACGGCAGCAAGCGCAUCGGGCUCAAUGGCGACAUGGGGUGGCUCGAGUACCUGCUCCUCGCCGUCGACGCCGCGUCGCUCUCCGCCGCCUGCGCCGUCCCGUCCUGCGCGCUCUUCCGGGCGGCGCUGAACGAGUACAUCGCGGCGGUGCGGAAGGUGGCGGUGCGGGUGAUGGAGGCGAUGGCGGAGGGGCUGGGCAUUGCGCCCGUCGACGCGCUGAGCGCGAUGGUGACGGCGGAGGGCAGCGACCAGGUGUUCCGGGUGAACCACUACCCGCCGUGCCACGCGCUGCAGGGGCUGGGCUGCAGCGCCACCGGCUUCGGCGAGCACACGGACCCGCAGCUCAUCUCGGUGCUGCGCUCCAACGGCACGUCCGGCCUGCAGAUCGCGCUCCAGAACGGGCAGUGGGUGUCCGUGCCCUCGGACCGCGACGCCUUCUUCGUCAACGUCGGCGACUCGUUGCAGGUGCUGACGAACGGGAGGUUCAAGAGCGUGAAGCACAGGGUGGUGGCCAACAGCCUAAAGUCUAGGGUUUCCAUGAUCUACUUUGGAGGGCCAGCGAUGACACAGAGGAUUGCACCAUUGCCGCAGCUGCUGGGCGCGGGCGAGCAGAGCCUGUACAAGGACUUCACAUGGGGCGAGUACAAGAAGGCUGCCUACAACUCCAGGCUCGGGGACAACAUGCUGGCUCACUUCCACAGGUAG